AUGCCCGGAGUCCCUCCCGAGCUGGCCGUUCACAAGUUGCACGUCGACCCGAGCCUUCGGCCAGUGAAGCAGAAGAAGAGAAACUUCGCUCCUGAGCGCAACGAGGUCGUCAAAGAGGAGGUGGGCAAGCUGUUGGAGGCCAAAAUUGUGAAGGAGAUCUACUAUCCGACCUGGCUGGCCAACCCUGUGCUGGUCAAAAAAGAGGACAGGGCCUGGAGGAUGUGUGUGGAUUUCACCGACCUGAAUAAGGCUUGUCCGAAGGAUUGUUACCCCCUCCCUCGCAUCGACCAGCUGGUCGACUCAACAAUUGGGUACGAGAUUUUCUGCUUUCUGGAUGCCUUCAAAGGGUAUCACCAGAUAGCUCUGGACGAGGAGGAUCAAGAGAAGACCGCCUUCAUCACCAAAUACGGUACGUAUUGUUAUACCACCAUGCCAUUUGGGUUGAAAAAUGCAGGCGCGACCUAUCAGCGGCUGGUCAACAAGUUGUUUAAAAACCAGAUCGGCCGAAAUAUGGAGGUGUACGUAGAUGACAUGCUGGUGAAAAGCCGAACUCAGGAGCAGUUCAUCGACGACCUCAGAGAGAUCUUUGACGUCCUACGGAGCUCGCGGAUGCGGCUGAACCCCAAGAAGUGCACCUUCGGGGUUAGGUCAGGCAAGUUCUUGGGGUACAUGAUAUCCAAGGACGGGGUAAGAGCUAAUCCCGACAAGGUAAAAGCUAUCAUGGACAUGGCUCCUCCCCGAAACAUAAAAGAGGUUCAACGGCUAGCUGGCAGGAUGGCGGCCCUGAACAGGUUCUUGUCGAAGUCAGCCGUUCGGGGUUCCCCCUUCUUCAGGGCCCUGCGAAGAGGUCCCCAGUUUGAAUGGACUCCCGAGUGCCAGCAAGCGUUUGACGAACUAAAAGCCCACAUCGCUCGCUUGCCAGCCUUGACCUCUCCCGCACAAGGAGAAGUUUUAUUUAUCUAUCUUGCAGUUGGGGAAGAGGCAAUCAGUGCGGUACUAGUUCGGGAAGAAGGUAAAGUCCAGAAACCCAUAUACUAUGUCAGCCGAGCUCUGCAGGGUGCGGAGCCAAGGUACACCUCAAUUGAGCGGUAUGUUUUGGCAUUGGUUCACGCGACCCGGAAGCUCAGGUCAUACCUGCAAUCUCACCCCGUGGUGGACAUGACCGACCAACCUCUCAAGCAAAUUCUUUCAAGGCCUGAUGCAUCAGGAAGAAUGGUAAGGUGGGCUGUGGAGCUGUCUGAGUACGAUCUCAGCUACCAACCCCGCACGGCCAUCAAGGCCCAAGCAUUGGCAGACUUCAUAGCCGAAGGAGUCUCCUUUGGACAACAUGAGUCACAGGUCGAGCCGACCAGAGAUUUAGCCGAGGCCGAGCAGGCCGGAGGAGCUGUCGAGGCCACGCAGGCCGCCAAGACCAAACAGACCCAAGACGUAGCUAAGGCCAGUCAGGCCAGAAAAGCUUCCAAGGUCACGAAAGGCGCUAAGACUUCCCCGGCCGAGCAGACCGUAGACGCAGUCGAGGCCGAGCAGGUCAAGGACUUGCCAAGGUCGGACAGGCCAAGGAGGAAGCCAAGGCCGGACAGCAAGGAAGGAUGCGGAGCAGGACUUCUCUUGACUAGUCCCCUGGGGGAUGAGCUGGCCUACGCCCUGAGGUUUGAUUUCAGGGCCUCUAACAAUGAGUCCGAAUACGAGGCCCUGAUCGCUGGGAUGAUGAUAGCUCGGAAGUUGGGGGCCAAGUCAAUAGAAGUCUACAGCGACUCGCAGCUGAUAGUGAAUCAGGUAGAGGCAGCUGUUAUUCAAGUGAUUGGCUCAUGGAUGGAUCCCAUCGUGCGGUACCUGGCUAGUGGAGAACUCCCUCCAAACCGGGUGGAGGCACGAAGGGUCCUCCUCAGAUCACGGGGAUACGAGCUCUCGAACGGGGUACUCUACAAGAAAUCCUACCUACGCCCGUGGCUGAGGUGUAUCACUCCGGAGGAAGGAGACUACAUCCUGCGUGAACUGCAUGAGGGCAUCUGUGGAAACCACGUCGGCCCAAGGGUUUUGGCCAAGAAGGGAAUGCUGUCUGGAUAUUAUUGGCCGACCAUGUUCAUGGAUUCAGCCGAACUGGUAGCUCGGUGCAAGUCCUGCCAGCUGCAUGCGCCGAUCCAUCACCCCCCAACUCAAGAGAUGAUCCCUCUUCAGAGCCCCUGGCCUUUCUUCCAGUGGGGGAUCGACCUGUUGGGCCCAUUUCCCCGAGCUCCUGGAGGUUAUGAGCAUAUAGUGGUGGCGGUGGAUUAUUUCACCAAAUGGGUGGAGGCUGAGCCCCUUACCACCAUUAGCAGCAGAUCGGUGCAGAAGUUCCUCUGGAGAAAUAUCGUCUGCCGAUUUGGUAUACCCCAUGUCCUGGUCUCAGACAACGGACGUCAGUUCGCUGACAGUACACUUCAAGGCUGGUGCUCGGAGCUCGGGAUCCGACAGCACUUCACCUCGGUAGGACACCCUCAAGCCAACGGGCAGGUUGAGAACGUUAACAGGACCAUCUUGCAUGGCUUGAAGACGCGGAUUGAGCUCGCACGAACUGGGUGGCUGGACGAACUUCCAACCAUACUUUGGGCUUACCGAACUACUCCCCGAACCGCUACACAGGAGACCCCUUUUGUCCUGACCUAUGGGGCAGAGGCGGUGAUCCCUGCUGAGAUCGGGGUUCCUUCUGGCAGGGUUCAGAAUUUCAUAGCUCGGGACAAUGAGGAAGAGCUACGUCUUAAUUUGGACCUGCUGGAAGCCAGGAGAGAAGAGGCAGCCAUACGAAUGGCUAAGUAUAAGGGACAGGUCGCGCGGCAUUACAAUGCUAGGGUGAGGUCUUUGUCUUUCAAACCGGGGGACCUGGUCUUGAGGAAGAAUAGUGUGAGCCGGCUUCAGGGCACGGGCAAGCUAGACCCGAACUGGGAAGGUCCCUAUGUGGUGAAAGAAGCAGAUCGAGCUGGAUACUGCAAGUUAGCCCACCUCGGCGGGGAAGAAGUCCCGCGUACCUGGCACAAUUCCAACUUGAGGAUUUUCCGAUAA